AUGGAAGAUUGGAAUAAAAAUGUCAAAUUAUUACGAAUUUUAAAUGAUGAUCAUGAGUCGAAAUAUGCAACUAUUGAAGGUGAAGUAGAAGACAAAGAAGGUGAAAAAAAAUCGGCUGUAUUAAUUCUUGAAAAAACACCAUUUCAAUUUGAUGAUGUUGUUAAACUAAUGAAAGAUAAUGAACAACAAUUUAAAGAAGAUUUUGUUAAUGAUAUCUAUCAUAAGUAUACAGUUGCAGCACGAUCAACAUGUAAUGAUAUUAAAGUAGCAUUUAUUUAUCCUGCAACACCAUUACAUAUAAAAAAAUAUUCUAAAAAACAAACAUGUCUUAUAAGUGAAACUAGUCAAUGUUAUGAAACAAUUGUUCGAUCAUAUAUUGAACAAAAUCAACUCAAUGUGCAAUGGGUUUAUAAUAUAGUUGAUGGAAAAUCAGAACGUGAACGAAUUUUAUUGGAAAAUGAUGAAUUUAUUGUAUUACCUGAUAUAAUGUGGGAUGGAAAAGCUAUUGAAUCAUUACAUCUUUUAGGUCUUGUUAAGUCACAUAAUAUUCAUAGUAUACGAGAUUUAAAACCUGAACAUAUAUCAAUGCUUGAAUCUUUACUUGAAAAAACAACAAAUUUUAUAUCAUCAAAAUAUGGUAUAUCGCCAAAAACAAUACGUGCUUUUUUUCAUUAUCCACCAACAUUUUAUCAUUUACAUGUUCAUUUUACAACAUUACAAAAUCGCAUAUGUGGUUGUGAAGUUGAAAGAGCACAUCUUGUUCAAGAUGUUAUUGAUAAUAUAAAAUUAAAAAAUGAUUAUUAUCAAACAAAAACAUUAUAUUAUAAAGUUGCUAUUAAUGAUUCACUUUAUAAACUUUUAGAAGAAAAUGAACAAACAAUAAAUGAACAAUAA